UGUCUACCCAUCUUCGAAAAAAAAAAAGAGAAGAGACACAUUAAUCGGAAAAGUGCGGUAGCGCGACGAAGACGAGGCUCGAGGGAGUCCUUGAAUGUGACAAUGAGCGCGAUACGAGCCAGUUGAGACCGAUACAUACGUUGACCCCACGCUCGCUCUCCCCCUCUCCUAGAAGAGUUGCAGAAUACACAUCACCACGGGCACCAAUUGUGAUUGCUGCUACAGAAUGUUUUCCUACCUCCGACCUCAUCGGCGCGCGCCUUCGACCUCUACAUCUCCAGCACCAGAACAGUCGCAUUCCUGGGAAGGAUCCCCACAUUCGACAUCCGAUUCCCGACGACAUCCAGAUACCCGAACGCCAGAAUCAUCAACAAAGAAACCCCCGCUCCCCCCUUCACUACCCCCAAUUGCGCGAGUGCCAUCUGAAGAACCAUUCUUUGACAUACCCGGCGGAGAUCUUUUUAAGGAGACGCAUGAGCGGGACCAAAAAGAGCAGAAUUCGGGCACAUCAAGCGGGAAUGCACGAGCACGAGAUAUACACACAUCCAGUAAUCACUCCAGAAUACCGGCUGCAGAGACGCAGAGACCACGGUCAGCAGAAGAUGCUGGCGCAGCGAAUCGUACGACUCUCCCGUCUUCAAGGUCACAGACUGGUAUGGAUCAGGAACCAAUACAAGGACAAAGGCCGGCGGAGUCUGAUCCUCCAUUUGCCACGGCAUCAGAUUCACGAAGCAAGACAAUAAUGGCAAGCAGACGACCAGCUGGCGCAAAGCUACCUACCCCUCCUUCUUCCGCUUCAAAUGCGACCUCGACAUUCGAGCCGGUGCAACCGCGAUCAGGGAAGAGGUUGAAUCUUCUGAAUCCAAUGGCCUUGCUUGCUCGCCGGAGGACGCACCAAUCUAUGCCCCCGCUUUCAGCGGAAUCUCUUGCAUCCGGCCGAAUAGGGGACAAUUUCAACGAUAAUUUUGAUCCGCGAAUCAAAGGAACUGUUGUACAUGAUUUCAGUGCUCCUAGGCCGAGAAAGAUCGUAUCUACCAACGAUCCUCGGAACGAAGGAAAUAAAACGAGCACCGCCAGCCAAUCUCAGAAAAGUCCGAAUGCUCUGCAAGAGGGGGUUGCCACGGACGAGGACGCGAGUGGGCCAUGGGCAAGUGGGAAUCACACGCCAGUCUUCACAGAAAACUUCGAAGAAGAACAGUAUCCAGCAGCUGGACCUCACGUACGGAAAGCCAACGAUUUGUCCGACCUUCCUAUGCCGAACCCUCCUUAUGCUCACGGCACUCAGAAAUCAAUUGAUCCAAACUUGAAAGCCGGAAGUAGCGACAAUGCAGAGGAGGAACUUCUCAAAAAUAUCAAUACAGAGAGACCAGUGCCAGAUAUUCCGCCUGCAGUACCUCCGAAGGCCGAGGCCAGACGAAUUUCGAUAGACCAGUCUUCUACACCACCAAAAUCUACACCGUCGAAGACAGCACGAUCUCGCAACGUCUCGGAAGUCUCUGCUAAGGAUGCAAUAAGCCUUGGCAUUCCAAGGCAUAUGAAGAGCACGUCAUCCAGAUUUAGUUUCGACAUGAUAGGCGCUGCUGAGCAAGAAAGGAUAUUAGAAGACAGACACCGCCAACGUGCUUUAGAAAAAGAAAACCAAAAAGCUAACGGUGGCGAACUUGAUGAUGAGUUUGAUGAUGAGUACAAUUAUGAUAACAUGGACGACGAUGAUGGUUUGGAAGAGAAGAUUCCCGGUGUAAACGCCGAUUAUGAUGAAGAAGACCCCCAGUUUUAUUUGGAGGAACAAAUACCUGGUGUCAACAUUGAUGCAGUAGAAGGGAACGAAGAGGCUCUGGAUGGAAACCAGAAUAUUGAGGGCUUUUCUUUCCAACAAACGCCGGCCGUGGCAUUGAGUCCAGGUAGUUCAGGGAUGGCCAGCACUCCACGUGAUGCAAAUGGAGAUGUUAUUGGUUUCGCCAUGACGAAGAACUCACCUACCCCUUCCGCGAAUGUUGAUGAGAAUCCCGGAACACGUCAAGCCUCCUCCACUUCUCCUCAAAAUUCAUCGCCGGGACCUGAUUCAGCGGCGAGCGGUUUAGGGAUUGAAGGUGUUGAUACAGGUAAUUUCGUGGGGGCAGGAACAGAGUUUCCGAAACCUGAAUCGACGAAUCCUGAGGCAACUGAGGUUCCACGCCCGUCUGUAAUUGACGACGAUGACCUCUACUUUGACGAUGGUACUCUCGAAGGUCCGGGAGAGGGAGCUCAAGGUGUCGAGUUCGACGAAUCAGUAUUUGAUAGGAUCGACACUGAUCGGUAUGGAAGGCCUCUGAAACCAUUCUCAUUACAACCAAUACAACCAACACUUUAUUCUCCGCCGACUUUACCGGCGGACCCAUUACCACUCCGGAAGGAGACAGUUGAAGCGGACGAUAAUAUAAAAACUUCUUCAGGAGAUGCUAUAUCACCAGGAAGCGGUUCUCCAAGAGGCACCUCAGCCUUGCAGCCUUCAACAGCAGGAAAUGGGCAUGAGCCUUCUGCUACACAACCAAGCAAUCUCACUCAGGAUAGUCUAGCCGCAUAUCAAUCAGCCCUCGCAGCCGCCGCAUUCAACGCUGCAGCCAAUGGGAAAUUUCGCCGUGAUAGCAAUAACACUCUUCCUUCUCCCUCAGAACACGAAGAUGCUCAUCCCGGACUCGUUUCCGACUCCAGCCGCACAUCCCAUUACGAACCGUUUUCUCCAAACUAUGAUUUUGAGGAUGACUUCGACUACGAUGACGCACUCGAAGAUGAUCCCAUCAUAGCGGCAGCUAACGCCGAAGCUCUCGCCAACGACAUGGACGGCUUCUACGGUCAAGAGUUCGGCUUCUAUUCCAUGCCUUCAGCUGGCGAAGCUGAGUAUGCGAAUGGUGGAUAUUUUGGACCUCGAGGCGUCGAGGGCAUAAACCGCAGCCAAAGUGGCCGAGUCGCCUCCAGAGAACCAAAUCUUACGCCAAUUACAGAACGCUCGGAAUACUCGAACCGCAAUUCCUUCAUGUCGUUGUCUCUGCAUGGAUCUGCACCGGUCGUUAGUCCAGGCCUGGCCCAGCUGGCGGGUAUGCCAGAAUAUGACGGCGAUAUGAGUCUCAAUGCUUUAUUGAAGUUGAGAAGAGGUGCGUGGGGUGGUAGUCAGGCCAGUUUGCAUAGCAGUACCGGCAGUCCUCGAAGUGCGGGAGGAGCAGAUGACUCGAGUCCUGUUGGGCAACUGCCUCCUUGGACACCUGGGGCUGCAGCCACACAUUCCACGGGAGGACAUAAGAGGCAGAAUAGCGGAUUCAGUGUCGCUGCUAGUGAUGUGCAGAGCGAGGAUAACUCUGCGCCGGCGAGUCCCACGUUGGCUACGGCUGUUUCCUCAUCUAGAGAUGAGAACAAGAGGCCAGUCAUGGAUGAUGCGCAGAAGGAGAAGGAGAAGGAGUUCAGGAAACAUCGACAUACGGGGAGUGCCGAAAGCAUUAGUUAUUCGAAGGAGGACGAUCCCCACUCCCCAACAGGUGAGAGAUGGAUUUUGGAAAGGAGACGGACUUCAGAACAUGGCGUUGAACUACUAGGGAGGGAAAUCGUGAGUGGCGGUACGAUAUAAAGAACAAAUUAAAGUUAAUGUUACACAUGCCCUCUGGGGACUUCGAGUG